AUGUCCCUCGGGGGGACCACAGGCGACAACACGCGCCUGCUUCGGAAGGCUCCAGAGGAGGAGGAGGAGGAGGAGGAGGAGGAGGAGGAGGAGGAGGAGGAGGAGGAGGAGGAGGAGGAGGAGGAGGAGGAGGAGGAGGAGGAGGAGGAGGAGGAGGAGGAGGAGGAGGAGGAGGAGGAGGAGGAGGAGGAGGAGGAGGAGGAGGAGGAGGAGGAGGAGGAGGAGGAGGAGGAGGAGGAGGAGGAGGAGGAGGAGGAGGAGGAGGAGGAGGAGGAGGAGGAGGAGGAGGGGAGGAGGAGGAGGAGGAGGAGGAGGAGGAGGAGGAGGAGGAGGAGGAGGAGGAGGAGGAGGAGGAGGAGGAGGAGGAGGAGGAGGAGGAGGAGGAGGAGGAGGAGGAGGAGAGGAGGAGGAGGAGGAGGAGGAGGAGGAGGAGGAGGAGGAGGAGGAGGAGGAGGAGGAGGAGGAGGAGGAGGAGGAGGAGGAGGAGGAGGAGGAGGAGGAGGAGGAGGAGGAGGAGGAGGAGGAGGAGGAGAGGAGGAGGAGGAGGGAGGAGGAGGAGGAGGAGGAGGAGGAGGAGGAGGAGGAGGAGGAGGAGGAGGAGGAGGAGGAGGAGGAGGAGGGAGGAGGAGGAGGGAGGAGGAGGAGGGAGGAGGGAGGAGGAGGAGGAGGAGGAGGAGGAGGAGGAGGAGAGGAGGAGGAGGAGGAGGAGGAGGAGGAGGAGGAGGAGGAGGAGGAGGAGGAGGAGGAGGAGGAGAGGAGGAGGAGGAGGAGGAGCUGAGAGGAGGAGGAGGAGGAGGAGGAGGAGGAGGAGGAGGAGGAGGAGGAGGAGGAGGAGGAGGAGGAGGAGGAGGAGGAGGAGGAGGAGGAGGAGGAGGAGGAGGAGGAGGAGGAGGAGGAGGAGGAGGAGGAGGAGGAGGAGGAGGAGGAGGAGGAGGAGGAGGAGGAGGAGGAGGAGGAGGAGGAGGAGGAGGAGGAGGAGGAGGAGGAGGAGGAGGAGGAGGAGGAGGAGGAGGAGGAGGAGGAGGAGGAGGAGGAGGAGGAGGAGGAGGAGGAGGAGGAGGAGGAGGAGGAGGAGGAGGAGGAGGAGGAGGAGGAGGAGGAGGAGGAGGAGGAGGAGGAGGAGGAGGAGGAGGAGGAGGAGGAGGAGGAGGAGGAGGAGGAGGAGGAGGAGGAGGAGGAGGAGGAGGAGGAGGAGGAGGAGGAGGAGGAGGAGGAGGAGGAGGAGGAGGAGGAGGAGAGGAGGAGGAGGAGGAGGAGGAGGAGGAGGAGGAGGAGGAGGAGGAGGAGGAGGAGGAGGAGGAGGAGGAGGAGGAGGAGGAGGAGGAGGAGGAGGAGGAGGAGGAGGAGGAGGAGGAGGAGGAGGAGGAGGAGGAGGAGGAGGAGGAGGAGGAGGAGGAGGAGGAGGAGGAGGAGGAGGAGGAGGAGGAGGAGGAGGAGGAGGAGGAGGAGGAGGAGGAGGAGGAGGAGGAGGAGGAGGAGGAGGAGGGAGGAGGAGGAGGAGGAGGAGGAGGAGGAGGAGGAGGAGGAGGAGGAGGAGGAGGAGGAGGAGGAGGAGGAGGAGGAGGAGGAGGAGGAGGAGGAGGAGGAGGAGGAGGAGGAGGAGGAGGAGAGGAGGAGGAGGAGGAGGAGGAGGAGGAGGAGGAGGAGGAGGAGGAGGAGGAGGAGGAGGAGGAGGAGGAGGAGGAGGAGGAGGAGGAGGAGGAGGAGGAGGAGGAGGAGGAGGAGGAGGAGGAGGAGGAGGAGGAGGAGGAGGAGGAGGAGGAGGAGGAGGAGGAGGAGGAGGAGGAGGAGGAGGAGGAGGAGGAGGAGGAGGAGGAGGAGGAGGAGGAGGAAGGAGGAGGAGGAGGAGGAGGAGGAGGAGGAGGAGGAGGAGGAGGAGGAGGAGGAGGAGGAGGAGGAGGAGGAGGAGGAGGAGGAGGAGGAGGAGGAGGAGGAGGAGGAGGAGGAGGAGGAGGAGGAGGAGGAGGAGGAGGAGGAGGAGGAGGAGGAGGAGGAGGAGGAGGAGGAGGAGGAGGAGGAGGAGGAGGAGGAGGAGGAGGAGGCGAUGCAGGCGGAGGGCGUGCGGGAGGUGGCCGUGGCAAUUGGCCUGGAGGUGCUGUACCAGGAGACCCCCAACCACCGCGGAGCGGCGGCCGAGGCUGA